UUGCUUGACAUUCUCUAGCCCAAGCCAGAACGCCUGCCUCCUUCAAUGAAGGGAAAAAUAAAAUCCAAAGCCAUUAUAUCAUCAAGUGAUGAUUCUUCAGAUGAGGAUAAACUGAAAAUUGCUGAUGAAGGACAUCCCAGGAAUAGCAACAGCGAUUCUGAUGAUGACGAGAGGCCCAACAGACAAGCCUCAUCUGAGAGCGACUCAGAUGACAACCAGAACAAGUCUGGCAGCGAGGCAGGCAGCCCUCGGAGGUCGGGUAGACAGGAGUCGGAUGAGGAUUCCGACAGUGACCAGCCGUCCAGGAAGAGAAGGCGCUCCGGCUCUGAGCAGUCGGACAAUGAAUCUGUGCAGUCAGGGAGAAGCCCCUCCGGAGCUUCUGAGAACGAGAACGAUUCUCGCCCAGUUUCUCCAAGUGCAGAAUCGGACCACGAAUCAGAGCAGGGCUCUGACAACGAGGGUUCUGGCCAAGGCUCUGGAAAUGAAUCAGAACCAGAGGGCUCAAACAACGAGGCCUCAGACCGAGGCUCAGAACAUGGGUCAGAUGAUAGCGACUAGGUUUAUUUCAUCAAAGACUCCAUGGGGUGGGAGGAGCUUUAUAAUAUAUAAAAGCUGUGAUAAGAAACCUUGCAGGUGGUUAGUCAUUUGUGAACUUUUCCUUAAGGCAGUUUUUUUUCUACUUGUAUAUUUACUAACUUCCAAGAGACAUUUCCUGUGCUGGAGAGUCCAGUGUCCCGAACUGAAGCAGUGAGACUCCUGCAUUGUGGUGCAGCUCCACCUGCCAUAUGUGAAAACUGCAGUGAUAACACAGAUGCUAAAGCAUUCCCAAGGCUUGCAAGGCAGGCUAGCCCCUCCCCUCUCCUCUCCUCUCUGGUAGGCAGCAUGCUGCUAUGUACGGUUUCUGUUGCAAACUUGUACCGAAUGUUGCAGAAGCCGAGAUACAUGCCUUUGUUCCCUUUUGAGUUGAGACUGAGUUUUAUCUCCAGAGGAAGAGAUGUCCCUGUACUGAACUCUGUUGGAAGGUGUUUACAAUGUGGGGUUGCAGCCAUGAGCAGAGUGCAAACACUGGGGAGGAUAAGGUGCGGAAAGUGCUUUCCUGGUGUCAGAGUGGGAAGACCUCCCCAGCCACUUAAUAAACCCUUUACCAACCAUGCGA